AUGCGAAGGCACACUAAAUCCAAACGUGGCUGUGAUACUUGCAAAGCGCGACACGUUAAAUGUGGGGAAGAACAGCCCCAUUGUCAGCGAUGUGUCAGUACGAAGCGCCAAUGCUCGUAUACACGCCCUGCGAGUGAUUCACCGCAGAGACAGCUUGGUCUUUUCCAAGAUUUUCUAUCACGAGAGCGCCCUGUGAUCAGUGCACACCGAGAGCGAAGGGCGUUCGAAUAUUACUACUAUCAAGCAGGUCCAGCGUUAUGUGGCGUACUGGACUCUGGUUUCUGGCGAACUUCAGUUCUGCAGAUGUGUCGAAAUGAGCCUGCAAUAUGGGAUGCCAUAAUUUCACUUAGUGCGCUAUACGAGCGACCACCAAUUCAUGAGGCAUCACCUUUUCGGCUUAUCAAUAACCCUGCAGAGGUAGAACAUCCCCACCACCACGAGGCUCUGGUGUGGUACUCUCGCUCGCUGGCUGCUUUGCGACAGCGCAUGGAAAAUGGCUCAGCUGAUCUAUCAGUACUGCUCACAAGCAGCCUUGACUUUGUGCAGACAAGGGCGGAUAUGGUGAUCAAUGCCUUCCGGCCCACAGACCAUACUUCAAGGAAUAAGGCCUCUGUGAAUAGGGAAUUUUUGAUUUCUGUCAUCAAUCCUAUUUUCCGGCGUUUCGGUACCUGGGCUCUCGUAACAGAUGGUAACCCCAAUAGCCAUCGGUCUUUGGAUUUACUUGACAUGGAUGUGCAACUGUCAUCGAUCGAUGAAGCUCGAAAUGCCCUCCAUGGUAUUGUCAGAGAUAUGAAAAUCCUCAAUGUCGAUACAAAGUCUCAUUGGUCUUUUUCCCUCGAGGAGCGGAUACAUGGUGGCCUGGGUCUUAUUCUUAUAGAGAGACAGAGGGAUCUCAGGGAGCGUCUCAAUCGCUGGCAUAAAUCCUUGAUAUCUCUCUUUCAUGAUGAACAUGAUGGCAACACUGCCCUAUUACUUAUGACUUACACCGGUGUCCUGAUUGAGAUUGAGACCUGUCUUUGUCGCGAUCAAAUGUUAUAUGAUUCUUAUGAAACCGAAUUCGCGCAGAUCAUCAAUCAUGCCCCCACAGCGAUUGCAUCCACCCGAUAUAAUGGCAGUCAACCACCUUUUUUAUUCGAGACUGGUGUAUUUCUGCCACUCUUCAUCACUGCGCUCAAAUGCCGGUUUCCUCAAAUACGUCGCCAGGCCCUACAGUUUCUGCACGAAGCUCCACCUGCCCAAGGUCUUUUCCUGUGCCGUCCGGCUGCUCAUGCUGUCGCCGUCAUUGUUGAACUAGAAGAGGGAGGGAAUCCUGCAGAUCUCGACUGGUUGCAGGGGCCAGGUGACUUAAUUUCCAAAUCAGGAUGUGUCCCACCUUCUGAAAGCCGUAUCUGGGAUUUCAGUGUUUCGUCCGAUAAGGACUUGCAGGGCAUGACGCAAAAAUGGCUUCAUUAUCGUCUUCGGGACUUCGGUAACCCCAACGGCGACAUUAGAUUUAUUCAGCGUACUGUUCUUUUUCCCGGUGCUCAAUCUUAA